GUCAGCUGACUUGUGACUCAUGUGACUUCAUAAGAAGCCGGGCGGAAAGACUCGGGAUUUCAUUUGCUCCAGAUGAAGUCACACGGUGGAUGAAGAAGAUGUUACGGAGUAUAGCGAGUGUAAUAAAUCCCUGUCCCGUGAGUUAAUCCUACCCUACUGCUGUGUCGGUCAUGGCGGACUCUCUGAGGCUGCUCCAGCGGUUCAGUUAUGCAGUCGGACAUUUCUUAAACGAUCUGUGCGCCUCCAUGUGGUUCACCUACCUGCUGGUGUAUUAUCACUCGGUUCUGGGCUUUCAGAACUCUUAUGCAGGUGUAUUAUUGCUCGUGGGGCAGAUAGCGGACGGAGUGUGCACGCCUCUGAUCGGAUACGAAUCGGACCGGACCGCAGGAUGCCGCAAUUAUGGCAAGAGGAAAACCUGGCAUAUGGUCGGGACGAUCAGUGUGGUGAUCUCUUUUCCCUUCAUCUUUAAUCAGUGUAUAGGCUGUAGUGAAUACACUCCACAAUGGGCCAGGCUCAUCUACUUUAUCCCCUUCAUCAUCAUCUUCCAGUUCGGCUGGGCUGCGACCCAAAUCUCCCACCUGUCCCUCAUCCCCGAGCUGGUCACUUCCGAGUCAGCCAAAGUGGAGCUCACAGCGUACAGAUAUGCUUUUACCGUGAUCGCCAACAUCACAGUGUAUGCCGUGGCAUGGAUUCUUUUUCAUUUCCAGUCUAACGAAGAUCCAUCCAGCAUCGAUAACCUCGGCCCCGUCGACGUCCCUGUUUUCAGAAACCUGAGUCUGAUCGUGUGGGCGAUCGGAAUCUUGUUCUCUUUGCUCUUCCACCUGGGCACGCAGGAGUCGAAGGCCAAAGGUAAUCAGAAUGAGGAGGAAGGAGAAGAUAAUGGAGAGCGGACACCUCUCCUCACCCGAUCUGCACCGAAUUCUCCUUCUGUGGCUCUGCAGUGGAGACACUGGCUGAAAGAGUGGUCCUUCUACCAGGUUGCAGUUCUCUACAUGUGCACAAGGCUGAUAGUGAACCUGUCACAGACCUACAUUUCCAUGUACCUCACCAACACACUGCUCCUGCCAAAGAAGUACAUCGCCACAAUCCCCUUAGUAAUGUACCUCAGCGGAUUUGUCGCGUCUUUCAUCAUGAAACCCUUCAACAAGCUGAUAGGGAAAAGUAUGGUGUACUUCAUGGGUCUGAUUCUGAUCCUGAUCUUCUCAUACUGGGCUCUGGUGGACACCCAUAUGGGAGAGGGUGUGUAUGGAGCUGCAGUGCUGCUGGGCGCGGGAUCAGCCACCAUUCUCGUCAUGUCUCUGUCCAUGACUGCCGAUCUCAUCGCAGAUCAAACUCAAAGUGGAGCGUUCGUUUACGGAGCCAUGAGCUUCACUGACAAAGUUGCAAAUGGCGUGGGAGUCAUAAUCAUCCAGACACUGCACCCGUGUCACACUCAGGGUUGUUGUCCUGCAUGUGUGUGGUAUUAUCACUAUGUGAUGGUGAUCGUUACGGGCGGAGUCGCCGUCGUAGCAGCUCUCAGUCUCUGCACCAUUCUCAUCUGGCCAAUCAGGAUCCGGCAUUUGGCAGUGGAGCAGCAGGUAAAUGGGUCUGCAAACAGCCCCCCUAAGGGUCUCCGUGUUAUGCCCGGUCUGCUUUCAGACGGAACAGAUUCAGAAAGCAGCGAGCCGACUCUGGUUAACUGAAUGGUCCUGAGUUGUGAGUGUGUAAAUCUGCACAAACUGAACUGCUACAGUAUGUGGUCCAGAGUGCUGCCAUUCCAGUCCUGUUUAUCCACUUAUUUAUGAAUGAAUCCUAUAGGUGUUUUUAUUCUGCAUCUGUGCUGCACUAAAGGAUACAGACCAGAACAUAAGCAUAGAAACACUAAAGCAUAUUUUACCAUG